AUGGACAAAUACAUCGACGGUCGCUUUGAGCGACUAGAAAAGGCAUUGUCAAAUCUAAUUGACUCCGUCACAAAAUAUCACCCGUCCACUAUUCAAGCCGAAGAGCUCAAAGCCGCCGACAACGAACUCAGCAAAGGUCUUGAAGAAGUUCAAAUCCAUCAAAACAAUCAUCUCCGCAUUCAAAAGCUUCGCCAGUCCUCGGCAGCCCUAGACACCCAGAUUCGCGACACGCUGACCAGCCUCGCCAACACGCACAAAGACAUUGUCAGCACGCACACGACGACAUACCCAUCCGAGCCCAACUACCCCAUCGUAUACGAAGAGCUCCUCCGCUACGCCAGGAGAAUCAGCAAAACCACCCUCCCGCCAGCGGCAACCCUUGAGGGCGCGGCAGCAUCGCCAGAGACGCAGUCGCCGAACCCCGAGUCUCUAGCACAGUCUGCCCUGACCCCGUCUGCGCGAACGCCCUCGCAGCCGCAGAGUCCGGCCGUCAAUGGCACACCGCAGUUGACUGCGGAGCAGCCAACACAGCCCCCUGCAGCCAAUCUGAACACGAGUCUGCCCGAGGGAAUGAGCCAGUAUCUCAACCCGCUGUCUGGACAGCUCUUCUUCCCCUGGCCGUUGGAGGACAAGAUUCGCUCGGGAUCUUUGGCUUCGUAUCAGGUCCUUGUCGAACAGGACAUCGAUCCCAAGGGGUACGAUCCUGCGACAGAAGAGGAAAGAAGGCUCAAGGAAGAAGAGGAGCGCAGGGCCAAGGAGGAGCAGGAGAAGGCUGAGCGUGAGGCGCGCGAGAAACAGCUCCGCGAGGAACGGGAAAGGGCCCGUGCUGAGAGAGAGAGGCAACGAGAAAAGGAACAGGCGGAAUGGAGGCGCGCGAGUAUCGUCAGUGGGCAGCCUGAUGGGCCGGGGCUGUCCAGAGCGGGUACAGCUCUUGGGGAGAAGAAGCAGUUCCAGUUCACGAAUUUGGAUGAUCUAGAUGACGACGACGACGAUGAUUAA